GAAUAAUCCAUCACUCUCCAUUCUUUGCCAAAUUGUGUUCAUCUUUAAAAAAAUGGGAAGGUUAAUAUGGUUUUCCCAAAUCCUCUGCCUUUCCUUCAUGUUGUUACAGUUUCGAGUCCAAAGCUCCUCCUCACCUUCUCAAUCUUCUUCCGAUUCACCACCACAUGUGUGCCAUCCUGGAGAACGUUCUGCAUUACUUGAUUUCAAAAGCACUACGGAUGUGAAGGCUGGCUAUUUUUGUACUCCUCGUCGUAUAAUACAAACUUGGAACGAGAGUAAAGACUGCUGCUUGUGGGAGGGCAUCACAUGCGACAAGCGGAAAGGUCACGUGAUUGGCCUUGACCUUAGCAAUAAUUGUCUUGAAGCCAAUCUAACUACAAAUAGUAGUCUCUUCCGCCUUGAGAAAUUGCAGAGUCUCAACCUUUCUGCCAAUUAUUUUUAUUUUCCUAAUAUCCCAUUUAGGUUCAACCGUUGGAAGAGUUUGAGAUAUCUUAAUCUUUCAGAUUCAAGAGGCAUGGAUGGCUCUCUCGUGUUUGAUGAGAUCUUGCUACCAAAAUUGGUUUCACUCGAUCUCUCUGUUAAUUAUGGUUUGCUUCUUGACAAUAUAAAGUUUCAAAAGCUUGCGCUUAACUUAACAGAAUUAAGGGUUCUUAUCCUUGCUUCUGUGAAUAUGUCUCUGGUAGUGCCUUCUUCCUUGCUAAACUUGACUUCCUCCUUGGAGCAUUUGAGCCUUAGAGAUUGUAGUUUGCAAGGAAACUUUCCAAGCCAAGUUUUUCACCUUCCAUCUCUCCAGUUUCUUGAUAUAGGGUACAACUCUCAUUUGAGAGGCAAUUUGCCUAAGUCAAAUUGGAGUACUCCCCUCAAGUAUUUGUAUAUGAUAUACACAAGCUUCUCAGGAGAGUUGCCUCAUUCAAUUGGAAAUCUUAAACACUUGGAGGAAUUGGACCUUUAUAAAUGUCAAUUUUAUGGAACAAUUCCUAGAUCUCUUGCAAAUCUUACAGAGAUAACUUCACUUGAUUUUUCUUUCAACAAUUUCCAAGUGCAGAAUUUUGGUGUUUUUGGAAAAAUGCACAAGCUAACUCAUUUGAUCUUUCGUGGAAACAAUUUUGGUGGUGAAAUUCCUACAUCAAUCUUCAACCUCACCCAUCUUGCUUUUUUGUCAUUGUCAUCAAACAAGCUAAUAGGUCAAAUACCAUCUUGGUUGUUUUCUCUGCCUUCUUUAUCCUUUUUAGACCUCCAAAACAAUAGACUUACAAGACCUAUUGAUCAUAUUGAGAUGCCUAACCUCAUUUUACAAGAAGUCUAUUUGUCCAAUAAUGAAAUAAGUGGUUCAAUCCCUAGCUUUUUCUUUGACCUUAUGAGUCUUCGUAAAAUCGACCUUUCUUCAAAUAAUUUAAGUGAAACCAUUACACCCAUCAUGCUUUCGAAGCUUGUAGACCUUGAGAGUCUUGAUUUCUCCAAUAAUGGUUUGCUGUCUUUAAGCAAUAAUGUCACUGGUGUCAACUAUUCCUUUCCAAAACUUCAGUCUUUCAUAUUCUCUUCUUGCAACGUACAAAAGUUCCCAACUUUCUUAAGGAAGGCAAAGAGUUUGCUAGUAUUGGAUAUUUCCAAGAACAAGAUUUCUGGUCAUAUUCACAAAUGGGAAAUAGAAGGGAUGUCAAUGGCUAGAUUACACCUUUCUUAUAACUUCUUGACCGGUAUAGAUUUAUUUGAUUUGGGACAACUUGAAAUUGUUGACCUUAGAUCCAACUUACUACAAGGAUCACUUCCCAUUCCACCAACAGUUUGGAAUUUUAGAAGACUCCUCAUUUCAGGGAAUAAUUUGACUGGCGAAAUCCCUCCUUCUUAUUGCAAUUUGAAUUCUCUUGAUAUUUUGGACUUAGCUAAUAAUAGUUUGGAAGGGAAAAUUCCAGAAUGUGCCAUCAGCAAUUCUAUGCCUGCAUUUUACUUCCCUAAGUUGAGAAUCAUUGAUGUCGCGCAGAAUGAUUUUAUGGGUCUCCUAUCGAGUAACUAUUUCAAAAUUUUGAAAGGUAUGAGAGAUGCACCAAGUGUUGAAGGCGAAUUGGCUUCUAUUUGGAUUUUCAAAUAUAUGAGUCGUUUUCCAAUUUAUUAUCAGGAUUCUGUGGAUGUAGUAGUGAAAGGCCAAACGAGGACGCUUAAUAGGGUCUUGUUAAUUUUCACAACCAUUGAUUUCUCAAGCAAUAGAUUCCAUGGACCAAUUCCUAAAGAGCUAGGAGAGCUUAAAUCACUUCGUUUGCUGAACUUGUCUCACAAUAAUCUCACUGGUCAAAUUCCAACAUCUUUGGGGAAUCUCUCAAAACUCGAAUCACUUGAUCUCUCAUCAAACAGGCUUGAAGGCAGGAUUCCACAGCAAUUUACAGAUCUAACAUUCCUUUCAUUUUUGAAUCUUUCACACAAUGAACUUGUGGGCCAAAUACCUCAAGGGAAGCAGUUCAACACUUUCUUAAAUGAUUCCUACAUUGGUAACUCUGGGUUGUGUGGAUUCCCAUUGCCAAAGAAAUGCUAUAAUGGGGAUGAUCCAGGAGCACCUCCACCAAAAUUUGAUGAAGAAGAUGACUCUGCAGCACUCUUUAAUUGGAAGUUUGCAUUGGCGGGUUAUGGGUGUGGACUGGUGUUGGGGCUUAGUCUGGGAUACAUUGCGUUCAUUACAGGAAAACCAUGGGGGGUAGUGAAGAAGGUGGAGAAAUAUCAGCAGAAAUUUGUUGAAAGAUGGAACGGCAUGCAUAAGAAGAAAAAAAUUCAAAAACCCAACCAACGCUCUUAGUUGAUAUCUAUCAUUCAUUUAUGGGACCUAAAACUCUUGAAAAAUCUCUUUCAUUUUUUGGUUAUGUAUGGAAAGAUAGAAAUAAAAUGACCACAAUUUUGGGUAUUCACUUAAUUUUGUUAGGUUUAGGUACUUUUCUUAUAGUAUUCAAGGCUCUUUAUUUUGGGGGUGUAUAUGAUACCUGGGCUCCAGGGGGGGGAGAUGUAAGAAAAAUUACCAACUUGGCUCUUAGCCCAAGUGUUAUAUUUGGUUAUUUACUAUAAUCUUCCUUUGGAGGAGAAUGAUGGAUUGUGAGUGUGGAUGAUUUAGAAGACAUAAUAUAUAUAUAUAUGUAUAUUUUCUAAAUAUAAUCUCCCUUUGCAC